AUGUCUUCCACUCCAAUCAUAGCUCAGGCAUGGCGUUACCCUGUCAAUUUAGAGGCUUGGAACGGUCACAAAAGCCUUGAGCUCCGCGAUGUCGAAAUCACCCUACCCAAGCGGGACGAGGUUUUAGUGAGGCUACACGCGGCGGCUCUCAACUACAGGGUAUUGUAUCGGGGAAUCUAUUCCAAUGGCCCUGAUGGUCAAGGUCACGUCCCUUUGAGUGACGGGGCCGGAGAAGUAGUAGCUGUUGGAGAAGGCGUCACACAAUGGAAGAAGGGUGACCGAGUUCACUCGUUAUUUUUCGAGACAUGGUGCGAAGGACCUAACAAGGCAGAACAUAUGUCAUUUUCUGUAGGCGGAAGCACAACGGGGUGUCUCACACAAUAUAGGAUCUUCGAUGCUAAAACCCUCCUCCCCAUUCCCUCUCAUCUUUCUUACGAAGAAGCCGCCACUAUUCCUUGUGCAGCACUGACUGCAUGGCAUUCAUUCUUCGAAAAGCAACCUAUAACAAAAGAUUCAACCGUGCUGGUCCUUGGUAGCGGGGGAGUUUCCGUUUUCGGAGCCCAAUUGGCCAAGGCCACAGGCGCACGAGUUAUCGCUACUACAUCAAGUACAGAAAAGGAGGAUAAGUACAAAUCACUCGGAGUCGACGAUGUUAUCAAUUACCGAGAGAUACCCCAAUGGUGGGAGAAAGUGAGGGAAUUGACUGGAGGGCAAGGUGUCGAGCAAGUCCUUGAAGUUGGUGGACAAGGCACUCUGGUUCAGUCUCUUAAGUCUGUCGCACGUCAGGGAAUUGUACAUGUGAUCGGCGCUCUCGCGCAGGGCGAACCUACCGGAGAGACAGUCCAGGAUGUGGCCUCGGCGUUGUUAUUCGGGCAGGCCACAAUGUCCGGAACGUUCGUUGGCAGCAAGGUGAUGUGUGAAAGACUAGACGCUUUCAUAGCCGAGCACAAGAUUAAGCCAGUUGUUGACCGAGUGUUCGGCUGGGCUGAAGUGCACAAUGCAUUCGACUAUCAACUCAAAGGCUCGCACUUUGGAAAAAUAAUAAUCAAAAUUGAUUGA